UUUAUGAAGAGGGGAUGAGCACUGUAUAUUUCCUGUGCUGAGAUGCAGCAGCUGCUGCCUGCAUGCUAGGUCCAUUACGGUAUUCUUAAAGCUAUCUCGCUGUGGGGCAGAGGAGCUUGACGGAUUCAGAGACAGAGAGGAGGGAGAGGACGAGGGAAACACAAAGAGCUGCAAAUCCAGACCUGAGCAGCAGGCUCAUUUUCACCAAAUCAAAGUAGAACCUCUCUAGUCCUCAUCAUGUUGAGGAAGGGCUCGGAGCUGCUGAAAGGGGACAGGGAGGUCCUCCUAGAUCUGGACUGUGGAGGAGACGCACACCACACAGACAGCUAUGGGAGUCUACACAACGGGAGCUUCAUCCCGCCAAGAUAUUUCUCAGCCGCACCUGCUGCCGAUGGCACCAUGGAUGGUGAUGAUCCCAUUUAUGUUCACUGUAAUACAAGAAAUCAGCCAGCUCCACAGCCGGGGAAUUACUUCAGAGAUGGAAGAACCAAAAUCGACUUUGUGCUGGUGUGGGAAGUUCGCUCCCGGAGAAAGCGGCGAGGAAAGGGGAAGCACUUGGCGACUGCUGAGGAGGGGGAAGCUGUGCCCACUGAGGAGAACAGCAGGUCUGAAAGAAGGAAAGCACAGCUGGCCCAGUGGAGGGAGAAGUUUGUGCAGAAUCUUGAGAGUGCAGGAUUGCUCAUGGAAAAGGAGGAGACGGCAAAUGAAAAGAAAACAGUACAUUUUCUGAAGCUAAGCGCUCCUUGGGAUGUGUUGGUGUGUUACGCUGAAGAACUCUGUGUGAGAGCUCCAUUGCAGACACAGCCAAAUCUGGACUUCAACACAUCUGCUCGGGUUCUAAGUAGACUAUGCAUACCUAACGUCAUGAAGGAGUCUGUGCCAAACAGGCCGCUGGACUAUUACACAUGUGCCUUUCGCAAAUCAAAGAUGAGCAGGUUCCUUGGCUGUGACGACCACGAAAACUACUUCACAAAUACACAGAGACAUCGCAUCGUGUAUGAGAUUCUUGCCAGGACAGUGUAUGGAAAAAGGAAGAGGGCAGAGGUGGGUGUGGACAGACUGGUCAAUGAGGGAGUGUACACAGCAGCUUUCCCGCUUCACGAGGGCCCCUUUGAACUCCCGAGGCAUGAGAUCGGUCCUGAUGAGCUGAACCAGAGGCAGGUUCUUUACCAAUACUGGGCCCGCUGGUUAAAAUGGUUCAAGUACCAGCCACUGGACCACAUCAGGGAGUACUUUGGAGAGAAGAUUGCAUUCUACUUUGCCUGGCUGGGUUUCUACACAGCCUGGCUGCUACCGGCAGCAGUGGUGGGUACUCUGGUCUUUGUGUCUGGAGUCAUGUCGAUGGGUACCAACACACCAGCUAAAGAAAUCUGUAACAGUGGAGCCACGUACCUGAUGUGUCCUCUCUGUAACACAUGCCAGGCUUGGAACAUGUCUGAGAUCUGCACGAUGGCCAAGUUGGGCUACUUAUUUGACCACCCUGGAACAGUCCUCUUCAGUGUGUUCAUGUCCUUCUGGGCUGUCACCUUCCUGGAGUACUGGAAACGAAAGAUGGCAACCCUGGCCCAUCACUGGGACUGUAUGGACUUCCAUGAAGAAGAGGAGCGUCCUCGGCCGGAGUUUGCAGCCAUGGCCCCGUCUAUGGAGCCAAACCCAGUGACUGGGGUCAAAGAGCCGUACUUUCCAGAGAAGACGAGGAUAUCUCGCAUGUUCACUGGCUCCAUGGUCAUCAUAAUGAUGCUUUGUGUGGUGAUGAUCUUCCUGGUGACGGUGGUCAUGUGCCGCGGGAUCAUAAGCAUAAUGAUGUUCCAUACUGGGAGCCCCGUCCUACGUACAGAGGCCGGGACAAUAGCAAACGUCUCCAGCAGCAUCGUGAAUCUUGGCCUUAUCCUGUUGAUGGGCCGUGUCUACACUGCAUUAGCUGAGCAGCUCACUAAAUGGGAGAUGCACAGAACACAAACUCAGUAUGACAACGCCUUCAUCUUCAAAGUUUUCAUCUUCCAGUUUGUCAACUUCUACUCCUCUCCCUUCUACGUGGCUUUCUUUAAAGGAAGGUUUGUGGGUUACCCAACCAACUAUGGGACCUUGUUUGGGAUGAGAAAUGAAGAUUGUGGUCCCGGGGGUUGCCUCAUUGAACUGGCCGAACAACUCUUCAUCAUCAUGGUGGGAAAGCAACUCAUCAACAACGUUCAGGAGUUUGUUAUCCCUAAAGUGAAGGCCUGGCACCAGAAGAGAACUUUAGCCAAGGUUCUUGGGAAUAAAUCCUCUGAUGAGCCCAGGCGCUGGGAGGAGGACUACCAGCUGGUGGAGUGUGAAGGCCUGUUUGAAGAAUACCUUGAAAUGGUGCUCCAGUUUGGGUUCAUCACCAUCUUCGUGGCAGCGUUCCCUCUCGCUCCACUCUUUGCUCUCCUCAACAACUGGGUGGAGAUCCGUCUGGACGCCCACAAGUUUGUGUGCGAGUACCGCCGGCCGGUGGCUGAACGUGCCCAGAACAUCGGAGUUUGGUUCAACAUCCUGGAGGCCCUGUCACACCUGUCAGUCAUUGCAAACGCAUUCCUUAUAGCCUUUACUUCAGAUUUUUUACCUCGCCUGCUCUACCAGUACAAGUUUGACAACGAUCUCAACGGAUACGUAAACUUCACCCUGGCUUAUGCCCCUCUUAACUACACUGCGUACCCCAUGUGCAGAUAUAAAGCUUACAGAGACAACAGUGGAAACUACACACUCUUCUACUGGGAGCUUCUAGCCGUCAGACUUGGUUUUAUUAUUGCAUUUGAGCAUGCCGUUUUCUUUGUGCUGCGAGCCAUCGACUGGAUCGUACCUGAUGUCCCUGAAUCCCUGGAACUGAAGAUAAAGAGGGAGCGCUACCUGGCCAAGCAGGCGCUGGCAGAAAACCAGGAGGCUCUUUUGAUGAGUCGAAGCCGAGGGGCCGCCCCUGCAACCCCUGGCUCCUCCAGCCCAGCAAGCGACGCGUCCUUUGGAAACAUGAGUUAGGACUCCAGCACUGGAAACGACUGGUUUGAGAGGAGACACACCUUCACAUCUGGGAUAUUACAAGUGAACUUUUUCCCUCAUUGGAAACAUAUAAACGGGACUCAGAGUCAUGGAACGAGUAGAAACUCGACCCUCACCUGAGCAAACCCAAGCCAAAUGUAACAAAACUAAUGUUAUGUAACCGUGGCAAUAAUGUGAUCAAAUGACAAAAAUGUAUACAUGAUUGAAAAGUGAAACGUUCUGGAUAAAAUGUAGAAGCCUCUUUGCUAAUCUUCAGCAAAAGAAACAAGCACAAUAACUAGCAUUAACAAAGCACACUCGUACAAGUAAGCUGCAUUACGACUGGCUAACUGGAGUAGCUGCAUGGUUCGUUUAAACUAUGAGACUUUGAUAAUUUUAGAGUUCGACACAAACAUCUGGAGCAGUGUGUCGCAGUCACAGCGGAAUUAGACUAAUUAGUAUGAACACAGAGCUAAAUGUUAGUAAAUUCAUAUUCAAGGUUUUAAUGACAGAGAAGAGAAACUUAACCUCUGGUGGUUUAUGUUCUCACCUUAAUGCAUUGAUGUACAGGUGUACUCCUGUGUCUGCAAUGUUUGGUGUGGUAGCACAUGCAACAGAGUUCAGUCUGACAGCAACACAACCACACCCAUCACUGUAGCUGGGUGUGGUUAUAAGUGAGACUUUAAACAAGACAGGGCAGUGAAUCACUUCUAUUUACCGUGCUGUCAGUUUACUUUCAAACGAGCACCCCACUGAUUAAGUCUAUUACGUUUGGGGAGAGCACAACAAAGGUCAAGAAACCCUGACUCAAAUCCAACACAAGGUCAAACUUCAACAAUUCUGGAUCGUGCAUUUUUCUUUGAUACAGCUGCAAAGAGGGAAAAAUGACUUUCAAAGGUGCCAGUGGGACCUCUAGGUUAACUCCUCAAUAAAAAGGAUAGUGCUAGAAGACAUCAGGACUUUAUUUGGCCAAAAAUACUGCAUGUAUGCAUACAAAGAAUAGUGCAGAACUUCCUCAGCCGAUCACAGACUUUAAGAAUCUUGAUGUCGUAUAUUAGAAGAAGAUUGUUCGACAUACAACCUAAAUGAAUUCUAUUUUUAGUUGAAAUAAUUUAAUUUAAUUUAAUUUAAAGUUAAUUUACAUUGUCCUGAACUUACAUUGUUCAGGACACUUUCCAGUGGUCUGUCAAAAAUGUGUCUUGAUAAUAUUAUUAUUAGGGUUAAUUUCCUCAGACUU